CCCGGGCCCGGCGCGAUGGUGCAGCAGCGGGGCGCGCGGGCCAAGCGGGACGGCGGGCCGCCGCCCCCGGGGCCCGGGCCGGCCGCCGAGGGGGCGCGCGAGCCCGGCUGGUGCAAGACCCCGAGCGGCCACAUCAAGCGGCCGAUGAACGCGUUCAUGGUGUGGUCGCAACACGAGCGGCGAAAGAUCAUGGACCAGUGGCCCGACAUGCACAACGCUGAGAUCUCCAAGCGCCUGGGCCGCCGCUGGCAGCUGCUUCAGGACUCGGAGAAGAUCCCGUUCGUACGGGAGGCGGAGCGGCUGCGCCUCAAGCACAUGGCGGACUACCCGGACUACAAGUACCGGCCUCGCAAGAAGAGCAAGGGGGCGCCCGCCAAGGCGCGGCCCCGCCCCCCCGGAGGCGGCGGUGGCGGCAGUCGGCUGAAACCCGGGCCGCAGCUGCCGGGCCGCGGGGGCCGCCGAGCGACGGGAGGGCCUCUGGGGGGCGGCGCGGCGGCGCCGGAGGACGACGACGAGGACGAAGAGGAGGAGCUGCUGGAAGUGCGCCUGCUGGAGACCCCCGGGCGCGAGCUGUGGAGGAUGGUCCCGGCAGGGCGCGCCGCCCGCGGACCCGCGGAGCGCGCGCAGGGGCCAUCCGGCGAGGGGGCGGCCGCCAGCGCCGCCUCCCCGACCCUGUCGGAGGACGAGGAGCCCGAGGAAGAGGAGGAGGAGGCUGUUACAGCAGAGGAGGGCGAAGAGGAGACGGUGGCGUCGGGGGAGGAGCCGCUGGGCUUUCUGUCCAGGAUGCCCCCGGGCCCCGCCGGCCUGGACUGCAGCGCCCUGGACCGCGACCCGGACCUGCUGCCCCCUUCGGGCACGUCACACUUCGAGUUCCCGGACUACUGCACCCCCGAGGUUACCGAGAUGAUCGCAGGGGACUGGCGCCCGUCUAGUAUCGCCGACCUGGUUUUCACCUACUGAGCCCACCGUCAGCGGGGCGCGCACGCCCCCAAACCAGCUGUUUACAUACAGGAAUCAGGUAUUGGGGCCCCUCGGAGGCCGAGGCUGGCACCCCAUCUCCCGCGCAGCCUCCCCCCUCCUAGUCGUGCCCAUCCCCCCCACAGAUCCAGACAUACCCCUCCCCUGCAGACACACCCCAAGGCAGCCCAACCCCCACCUUCUCCCUGACAUCUAAGCCCCUCCCCAGCCAGUCUUGUCCCGCGUAGCCACCAGCAGCCAGCCCCCCUCGGAUACACCUCCCGUUCCUCCUACAUACCUGAACCCCUCCCCCCACUUUGCACACGCCCCUCCUCGUGGCCGGGCGGCACGCCCCUUCGCUCCAGAAUCCCUCCGCCCUCGCCCGGGCCUGCCUUGGUGGUUAAGGGGGCGCUGCGGUCUGUCGGUCCGGCGCUCCUCCCAGUCCCCUCCUCUCCUGGAGGGGGGGGGGAAGGGCGUCCUCCCUUCCCCCCAGGAUCUCAAGGCCCCACCCCUCAGCUUGAACCGUCCCCUUCUUGCGCAUGCUUAAUGCUUCUUGGAGGGGGCUGGUCCCAGUUGAGCUGCAGGCCUCUGUCGCCAACUUCGAAAAGGAGGGGGCUAAUAUAGAGCGAUCCUAAGAAAUCCUUUGAUCCCGGAGCCCGUGGCUUCCUCUCGACCCAGCGGGGCGUUACUGCCUUAAUGGGAGGCGCACGCAAAGGGAGAGAUAGAAACUAGCUAGCCCUAAACUCUGCAAGUGUCAACCCCUUUUCUAUGAUGGGGUCACCCACGCCCACCACCACCCUCCACCGCGUGACUGCCUUUACAGCCCAUCUUGGUCGCCGGAAACUUCCUUUCCCCAAGUGGGAAUAUGGGAUUUGGUCUUUGUCUGGAAAUCCACCAAGAUGGGAUUGUCCAAGAGAACUCAGAACCAAGACACCUACCAGUCUGGGGACAGAGUUCCUGCUGCCCCCUCAAUCCCCCUCCUCGGGAAGCGCCCUAUCAGCUCAGGACAUCCUCUCUGCCUGGGUUCCUCCCUAAGUCCAUUGCCCCCUUUCCUAUCACUCAGAUCCAGUCUCAACAACCACAGCUGCAGUAUUCAUUGGGAGAAACUGAAGCACGUCGUUGCUAGGGUUUAGGAUGGGCAUCCCAGCAGACGGGUGGCAGAAAUGAGGCCCACGUCUAAACAGUGGCUUGAGGAGAGACCGGGCCAGGGCAUCUGGGGACAGGGCUGAGCUAGUGGACGUGGGUGCUUUGCACCUCGGUCUUCCAUUGUGAGAAAUAGGGGUGGCACUGCUGUAGUUAGGAAGCUGUGUUGAGAUUAGGUUGCCCUCGGGAACCCUGCCCGGGUGCCAAGUCUGCUCCACUGGUCUCCCGCUCGAGCCCCGCCCCUCCGGCCUCCCCAUCCCCCUCUGCCUUCACUACCUGUAUCUCACCGGCGUGUGUUCACCUUCUGGGUGGCUCACACACACUCAUUCACACACACACAAAUCUCAGGAACAAACGGUCCCAGAGUCCUCCUCGGCCCCUGCCCUGGGUCUCUGCAGGUCUCUGCCCCACGCGUUCCCUUCGCUGACAAAGCCACCAGCUGCCUCCUUAAAGCUUGGUGCUCCGGCUCUGGGCCUUUCUUGCGCUCUUUCUCUCUCUCUUUCUGUUUUCUCUUUUCGUUUUUGUUUUUGUUUCUUCUUUUUUUUUUUCUUUUUUUAAGAAAACAAGUAACAAAAAAGACAAUGAAAAAAAAAACCGGAAAACGUCAUGUGAGUGAAGAGAUGUCACUGUCUGUGGUCUUUGGAGAACUAGUCUCGUAGCUGAGAGGAGGGGAUCCCUCCUCUGGGGCGCUGGCACCCACAGCAGGACUCGCCAGUCUGAUGCCAGGACUGAAUAAAGUGUAUUUGCCCCGACCUCA